UUACUUCACCACUUUCAAAGUCAAUACCCCCACUCCCUAUUUUCUCUCUCUUUAUUUUCUCAACAAUAUCAUCAUCACAAUCAAAUCACUUUUUUAGAUUCAAUUUUUGUCAUAUGCAACUACCCAAUUCCCAAAGCAAAGAACAACCACAGACAUGGAAAAACAAGGUGAUAGUAACAGUAAUAAUAAACAACGCAAAAUAAAAGGACAGAUAAGCUUCAGUGGUGGCGGUGGUGGUAAUAUUGGUGGGAUUGUUCUGUGGGGCGGAGCUCUGGCUGUUGCAGGUUUGGCGGCUGCUUUUGCCGUCAAGAGAGGCGGUGGUAGAAGAAGCCCAAGAACCACUAAGAAAGAUGAUCUAGCCGGUCAAGGGCUGCGUCUUGUCCUCCGCAAUUCAUCUCCUACUUUUCAGAGUAAUCCAUGCUGCACAAGCAAUGGAUCCACGACAAAAUUGGUCGCAAAAAAGAUUAGUUCUUGCGAGGCAGACUCUACCAAGAGUUUGAUCCUGGUAGAAAAGACGAGCAAUUGUAGCGAUGAUAAUGUUAUCAGUGGCAAUCAGGAGGAGGAGGAUUUGAGAGAAGAUGAAAUCAAAUCGUGCAAAAACCAUACUAUGAUUGAAGAAUUUUCUUUUCCUAUGCCCGAUCACCCCUCUUCCCAACUGACGGAAAGUAGGAUCGAGGAUGAUUUGGCAGACAAGUUUCCGUUACUAGAAGAGGAGAAAGAGGUGGAUGUUCUGAAUGAAAGUACGGAUAAAACUUUAUCAAUACAUUCAGCUUCAGCUGAAGAACCACAAAAGAAUGAUUUGGCAGACAAGUUUCCGUUAAUGGACGAGGAGGAAGAAGUGGAUGUUCUGAAUGCGAGUACAGAUAAAAGUUUAUCAAUACAGUCAGCUUCAGCUGAAGAAGAACAGAGAAAUGACAUCAAUGACAAGGCUAUAAAAGAAAUACGAUUGGCUGAAAGAAUUGAAGCUUGGAAAGAGGAAGAACCUUUUGAUAAUGGUUUGAAGACAAGUGAAUAUUUAACUUCUGAAAUACAUUCAGUUGAAAAAGAAGGCUGCGGCGAUGAUAAUGAUGAUGUGGAUUUGAAUAUUGCGGAGAGCAUAGAGGAACCACUGUAUGCUUCAAAGAUAGAUUCAAAUAAAACUUCAUCAGAGCAUUCAAUGGGGGAAGGUGAUAAAGAGACGGUGAAAGAGUCGAUGCUGAUAGAAAAUAUCAAAAUUUUAGAGAAAGAUGCAGAAAAUUAUGGUGUGUCAAAUAUGAGUACCAAAAUGACUUCUGUAAAGCAUUUAGUUGAAGAAGAUGAUGAUGAAGAAGAAGAAGAUGAGGAUGAAGAAGAUAUAGUGGAGAAAGCCGAAGAGAAUUCAGAAGAAACAGAGAGUACUUCUGCUGGAUCCAAUGCUGAGGAAAUUUGGCCAGAAGAAGCAAUAGAGGCACUAUCACAGGAGCUGAAGAACAGCCUGCAGUACUCUCUAGCCAAGACUGCGGAAGACCAGACGAUUAGCAGUGAAGAUUGCAGUAGUAACUUUGACAACAGAAAAACUAGCAAACUCAAAAACUGCAUAGAUGAUUAUCAAACCGCACAAACUCCAACACUUUUAAAGAAAGAAGAAUCAGAAUUUGCAAUGGCAAAUGAUCAACCAAAGAGCGUAACAAAUUGGACGAACCUAAACUGGGUUCGACAUAUGUUACUGCUGGCAUUGAUGGUGGUGGUUUUUUUCUUUACGCAUCACAGUGCCAUAUAUUUAUUUCCUUAGUCGCCAAUCUUUCAUUGUUCUAUGAGAUGUAGCAAACUAAAAUAUGUUAAAAUAUGCUAGAAACCGUCAAUUUUCUGGUAUCGUAUAUAAUAACAUUUUCAUCUCAA